AUGUCAGAGAUGCAGGGCAUGCCGGCGCCCGAGCCGACCACGUACAGGCCCCGCUCUACCGAGCCCGACGCGCCCGGCUCGGCCGCCAACAAGUUCCGUGCCGCCUUCGACGCAGCGAUAGCCGCCAUCACGGCCGCCUCCGCACAGGGCAUUAGCUUCGACCCGGACAUGCUGACGAAAGCGGUGGCAGCGGCGGCCGCCGGCGUGCCGCAAGCCGUCGGCGCGUCGCAAACCGCCGAGCCCGCCUCGUACCAGUCUGUGGAGCCGACGUAUCAGGCGGCGGCGCAGACCAGGCAGCCGUCACAGCACUUGCCGCAGCAGCCGCCGCAGCACCUGCCGCAGCAGCCGCCGCAGCACUUGCCGCAGCAGCCUCCACAGCAUUCGUCCGGACAGCCCAGCCAGCCUGCCUUCCAGCAGCAACCGCAGCCCACGGAGCCCACUUCCCAGCAGCCGGCGCAGCCCACGCAGCCCGGCCACCAGCAGCCGACCCAGCCGACCCAGCCAGCGCAGGCUCAGCCGACUGAGCCGGCCCAGCCGGCCGCCGAUCCGGCUAUCACGGAUGUGGCGUCCCUGCCGCCCGGCGCCUACUAUUAUCCCAACUACAGCCUGUACUACGGCGCCAACCCGUUCGCCUACUACGGCAGCUCCGGCCUGGUAGGAUAGGCAACGUCUGGCGUCUGUGUCGGCUGGGGCGCGGCCUGCCGACCGGGGCCGGGUCACCAUGCGGACGGCUGGACUACCGGCCUGCCAGAGGUGCGCCGGGGACGGCCAGAGCGGUGCUCACGGGACCGGCGAGGCGGUCAUCCUCGGACGAGCCGCGGCUCACUCGAACAUCACGGCUCGCGUGCGGUUCACUCUUGUUAUGACUGAUGAAUUUAGGUAUCAUUUGCACCAGCUUUCGUGGGCGCAAAAGCUAUCUGUUUGAAGUGCCGGCCAUUUAAAGGCGUCUCUAUCGCGGCUUGCUUUCUCGAGCUCAUGUGGUUAUGAUUGUGACGAAUGGGACUUGGACCGUUGCUAGCAAAUUAUUUCAGCGUCAGGAGGGACCUGCCUAUAACGCCCCGUUUCAUGCGAGCUCCCGCCCUUACAUUGGGAGCGUGUUUGUGCGUGCAUGUGCAUGCGUGUGACAUGUGAUUGUGGUGUGGCGACAAGCUGCGACAAGCGAUGAGCUGGUAGCUAGUCUGCCGUGGUAUUCAGCGUAGCGCACGGUUUGUUUAUAUAUGGCAGCUUGCGAUGCACAUUAUCUUCAGCGCUUGCACUCAUCGUUGUAUGUUGAUGUUGUCUUCAAUGUCGUUCGAUGUGGUUCGAUGUUCAAUUGUUGAUGAUCGUUGCCACCUGCAUUUUCUACACCUGUAGUAUUUAAUGUUCGAGGUGCAUCUUUCAUUUCGGAUGUUUUCUUCGCAUGUUUCAAUUCAGACUGAUUCUGGUCUUUGAAGAACAAGCUGUAUUCGUUUCUAUCGUACGUUGUAAAUAAAUAAUGAGAC